UGUGUGUGUGUGUGUGUGUAUAGCUCCUUUGUGCUGAGCAGUUUGAACCCCUACUGGACCUUCCUACCCCUGAAACCAGGAGAGACAGAAGCACACACAGGUGUGCCAGUUCCUGUGAGGAAGGUGAGGGGCACAGCCAGGCGGAGGAGACCACAGAUAUGGAGCACUCAGCCCUGCUCGCUCGGAGCAGGGAUCUCCAGGCCCUCCAGCAGGGGGCGCUGCUGCCCGGCAAGAAGAAGAAGAAGCUCCCCGCCACCCGUCGGAUGAAGAGAGAGGCCUUCGCUCGCUACCUGAAGCUUGUGUUCCCCGAGCCGCUCAGAACUGAGAUCCCAAUGGAGAUGGAGGAUGCGUUUGGCCUGCAGGGGGUGCUGUUCCCUCCCAGACGGCCCACAGAACUCCGCCCCCUACCACCGCAUCGAGGUGGGGCCGCCAGUGCCUCUCUCCAGAAGUCCCUUUGGGGGUUCAUCCCCAAUUCUGUGGUGCUGGCAGAGCUGUGGCCGGGCAUGAUGGGAGAGAACGCCCUCCCGCAGGCACCCUGGGCUCUGAGGGAGGGCCUGGGCCUGCUCAGUGAGAACGACGUCGGUGAGGUGAAGCUCCUGGUGUGUGAUGAUGAUGAUGAUGAUGAUGAUGAUGGUGGUGAUGACAGUGAGCUGAAGCUUCGCCACCUGCUGGAGAAGCAGGACGCCCUUCCGAGACCGGUGACCCCUCCCGCCCCUCCAACCCGGCCCGUGGUGGAGAGUGUUCGACCCAGAUUGAGGGUCCCCAAAUGCCCCCGCACUGUGAGGCGGAGGAAAGCAGACUCUCCACCACCCCCCACCCCGAAACCUCCAACCCCCUCCCCACCCCGCACUACCCCUCCCAAACCCCCUCCACCGCCUACUCCACCGCGCCAGUCUCCCGUGCCCCACACCCCCCCACCCCGGCCCCCACCACCGCCCUCGCCCCCACCCCCACCUGCACCUCCGCCGCCCCCCAGUCCCCGCCGUGAGGUACCCCAGCCUCCAACACCCCCGUGCCCUAUCCCAGAGUUCCUCAGCCCGUUUGUGGACCAGGACUGGUUCCAGGAAGUCUUCCCAGAGCACAGCCUGUUGCACAGCUCUCUCAGCCCCGAGGCCUUCGCCCUGCUCCUGCUUCAGAAGCUCAGCUGCUGCCAGGCUGGGUCCAGGACACACAUCCUGAAUGCACUUAUGCAGCUCCUCAGACAGGGGGCGCUGAAGAACAGCAAGCAAAUCUCUGCUGGCCUUACUGAACUGCUGCAGAUCUUUGCCACAUCAGACAUGUCACAGGAGGACAGGCGCUUUGUCUGUGAGCUUCUCAAAGCGGUGGUGUCUGUGGGCUCCGACAGCACCGACACCGUGGUGGAGCUACUGACCAUUCUGGCUCACAAGGAACUGGGGCUGCAGGGUGCCGUGCUCCGCCUGUUGAAGUCGACGGGCGUGGAGGAGGCGGAGCCUUGGCUCAGUUUGGAGGUGGCGACCUGGCGCUCUGGGACGCGGGCGGAGCCCGAGCACACCUGGGCACACCUGAGGCAGGUGGCUGCCCGCUGGCUGGACUUCUGGACCUGCAAGUACCAGCAGGACAGGGCCCUGCUCCUGAAAGGUGUGGAGGAGAAGCAGUCCUUCGCCCCUGUGGACGUCCUGCGCUUCUUCUGCUCCAUGCAGAGAGAGAACCAGAACCGCCCACCGGCACCAGCACCGGCACCACCUGCUCCAGAGGGCCGCAAAGACACCGUGCUGCGCCAUCAACACUUAUACAGGAAGCCGAUCCUGCGUCUGGGAGAGACUCACAGUCUGGCCAGAGCACGACAAACUAAGAGAGCGGCCCUGCCCCCGCUGCCGCACCGGCCCCUGCUGGAGGGCUUCGUCCCGUUCAUCUCCCUCCCGCUGCCCCGGGUCAGCCUGUGCCCCUUCCCCUGCCUGCAGGACCGGCACGGGCCAAAGGGGGCGCUGCAGCGCCGCUACUUCAUCCCAGAGCACUCCUGCACAGAUUACUACAGAUGAGCAGAAACAACCCUCACAACCGACAGUGCUGGAGUUUAAAACCUCAGGCGUAAACCCCUAAACCACAGAUCUGCAUUACAACUGCGACAGCUAUCAGAAUCCGUGACAUAAGAGACUAGCUGUUCCAGUUGUAAUGCAGUUGUGUGGCCUAGAGGGUUUAAACCUGCGCUUUAAACUCCAAUGAAGCACGCUGCAAUGGACCCAGUCAGACUAAUGAGCACCAGGCACCGCAUUGUGGAUACAAGGAGGCCCUGCUUGGGUACAUUAAAAAAAAAAUUUU